AUGAAGUCAAUCCUUCUUCUUCUUGCUUGUAUUGCAGUCGCCGCGGCGAAGCCCGCCGGUAGUGAAGAGGGUGACGUGGUCAGUUCCGUCCUCGGGGUUGUCAAGAGUUGUGCUGAAGAAGACGUCUCCUUGUGCCUUAAGGAACGCGCCUUGAAAUACGUCGAAAACCUGAACACAGCUCGGGAAGUCAGUCUCACUGACGGAAUCAGUUUGAUUGGCAAUGGCAGUCCUCGAUCAGCCAGGUCCUUCGAGCCUCUUGCUGAAGAACCUAAAGUCAGAGAGAACCAGGUCGAAGGAAGACUUCUGGAUGCCGCUGCUGAUUUCUUAGAAAACCAUGUGAUCCAACUUCGGGUGCCUAAAAGCACUGUUGAAGAUGUCAAGCGAUCUCUUGAAGAAGGUCGUGGCAAGAAGAAGAAGCUGAAGCAGCUGAUCCCCAUCUUCGCUCUUCUCCAGCUGAAGAUUCAGUCUUUGAUCCCUCUGUUCUUGGGUAUCAUCGCCUUUGCUGCCGUCAAGGGCUUGAUGUUGGCUAAGGCCGCGCUCCUUGCGUCUGCGCUGGUGCUGCUGAAGAAGCUUCUGUCCAAACAUGAGCAUCAUGAGAGCUACGAGGUGGUAGCUCACCCCCACCAUGAAGAGCACUACAGCCACGGCGGUCACGGCGGCUGGGGCAGAUCAUCUCAAGACGCCCAGAACCUCGCCUACAACGCAUACUCCAACUAAGCCUAAGAUUCUGCCAUCCUUGCGCAGGAAUAGUCUAUCUCUUAGUCUAGUACGGACCUCAGAGUAAAGAGUUUUAUUAAUUUAUUAAAUCUAAUUUAUUAAUUUAUUUAAAUUAUUUAAACACAUGUUUAAUGUUAAUUUGUUGUUGUUGUUAGAGUGUACGAGUGAAUCUUGUCUU